CGGCGAAGGCGUAUUCACAGUUUCUAAGCGGCGGUGAAAAUCGAAACCUACGUGGCCUUUUUGGUCACGCGUACAACAUUGGCAAUUACACGUGCGUGAAACCUGCUGUUAAAACACAUGAUGAAGGCACCCUUGUUUCGAGGGUGCGUCCUUUUCUUUGGCAUAAAUGUGGUCCUGAGUCACGUGGCGUACGAUCAAAGUUGCCUUGUAAGCCAAACAGUAAUGAAGUAUACAGGAUGCCCUACGCAAACUUGGCAGUACAACGCAAGAAUUAGGAAGUGUGUGCAGAGUUGCGUACCAAGUGGCCCAUUCAGAUCGAAGGAUGAAUGCGACGGAAUUUGCCGUAGUAGUGACGUGUGCAAAGCUCCGCGGCCUCUAUCGUCCUGUGAGAAGGGCACCGAACACCUCGUUUUCUACUACAACCCGACGAACAAAACCUGUGUCCAAGGCCGGCAGUGCACGUAUGCGGGGAACAAUUUCCCCACCAUGAUGGAGUGCCAACAAACGUGCACCAAACACCGAUUCUGGCCGUCGAUACCGAACCGAUGCCGCGUGUACCCGAGCCAUGGGAAUUACUGCUUUUGGGGAUGGCGCAGUGGGUCAGCCCGAUACUACUACGACCCUUACGCCGGCCGGUGCGUCGGUUUUUGGUACUACGGCUGUGGGGGAACGCGCAAUAACUUCGCCACCUUGGACGAGUGCCAGCGACGUUGUGCAGGGCGUCAAGGCGUUAUUCCGGUAUAUCCUGUCGGCACUGACGCAGGGAUUGUAUUUUCCAAUUGAAGAGGCGCCAGCCCCAACUUCACUUAUCAGAAUCGUCUACUUGCAAUAAACCCGAAGCUUGAUAACGACAAGCGCAGCUCAAGAAAAAACAAUGCACCAAGAAACCAACGAAGAAGCAAGCAGAAAAAAGAAUUUCUCGCGAGCAUGAAAAUCGAAGGUUCUUUUAAUUAGUUCCAGCAAGCACAGCUAUCUAACUUCGUACCCAUGGAGACAGCCUCUCUCCUUUUUUUUUUUUUUGAUGCAUUAAACACUGACCCACCCUAACAACA